AUGGCUGCUGAAGCACCUAAGACCGCUAAGCGUGAUACUCUUCGUGCACUUGAAGGCAAGGCGCGUAGCCUGUGGGACGAUGCCAAAGCCUUCGAAAUUGAUGCACCUACAAUUGAUGAGCACGCUAACUCUGCAGAUCUUCAUGAAAUAUAUCCCAAAUAUAUGUCAUGUAUGCCUUUUCCUUAUAUGAACGGUCGUCUUCACUUAGGCCAUGCUUUCACCUUCUCUAAGGUUGAAUUUGGUACUGGCUAUCAGCGUAUGAAAGGAAAGAGAGCUCUGUUACCUCAAGGCUUUCAUUGCACCGGUAUGCCCAUUAAGGCUAGCGCUGAUAAAAUCGCCCGUGAAAUGAAAAUGUUUGGCAAAAACUUCGAAAAAUUCGAGGAGGUUUCUUUAGCCAACGACCUUGAAAAGAAAGUCGACGUUAAUAAGAAUGUAAAGAGCAAAGUAGCCGCUAAGACCGGCAAUGUCACCUAUCAAUUCCAAAUCAUGCUUUCACUGGGCAUUCCGAAAGAAGAGAUUCACAAAUUUGCUGAUCCUUAUUAUUGGACUGAAUAUUUUCCACCUCAAACCAUUUCAGAUUUGACCGCUUUCGGUGCAAAGGUUGAUUGGCGUCGUUCUUUCAUUACCACUGACGCCAAUCCUUACUAUGAUUCAUUUGUUCGCUGGCAAAUGAGAAAAUUAAAGGCUAUGAAUAAGAUUAAGUUCGGUGAGCGAUAUACAAUUUAUUCAAUUCUCGAUAAUCAACCUUGUAUGGAUCACGACCGUGCUUCUGGCGAAGCUGUCGGUCCACAAGAAUAUACCGGUAUCAAGAUGAAGGUCCUUGAAUGGUCUAAGUUAGCUGAGGAGGCUCUUUCUACUUAUGCCGAUGCUUUAAAAGGCAAGAAUGUUUAUUUAGUUGCUGCUACCCUCCGUCCUGAAACCAUGUAUGGCCAGACUAACUGUUAUGUCGGUCCUGAUUUGGAUUAUGGUAUCUACAACAUUAAUGAUACCGAUGCAUAUGUUUGUACUGAACGUGCUGCUCGCAAUAUGUCCAUGCAAAAGAUCUUUGCUAAUGGUCGUACUACUAUUGAAAAGUUGGCUGAUAUCAAGGGUGCCAACAUCGUUGGUACCAAGAUCAAUGCUCCCUUCAGCGUAUAUCCUCAUGUCUACGUCCUUCCUAUGGAAACUGUAUUGGCUACCAAGGGUACUGGUGUCGUUACUUCUGUCCCCUCUGACUCUCCCGACGACUUCGCAACUAUUAGUGAUCUCAAGAAGAAACCUGAUUACUACAAGAUUGAGCCCGAAUGGGUGAAUGGUUUCGAACCUGUUCCUAUUAUUGAUACUCCCAAUUACGGUAACCUCAUUGCUCCUAAACUCUGUGAAAUGAAAAAGAUCAACUCUCAAAAGGAUCGUGUACAACUUGCAGAAGCCAAAGAAAUUGCCUAUAAGGAAGGUUUCUAUCAAGGUGUUAUGUGUGUUGGUGAUUAUAAGGGUAUGAAAGUUCAAGAAGCUAAGCCUAAGGUUAGAGAAGAUUUGAUCAAGUCCGGUCAAGCUUUCGUUUACAACGAACCUGAGAGCCUUAUCAUGUCUCGCUCAGGUGACGAAUGUGUUGUUGCUCUUUUAGAUCAAUGGUACUUAGACUAUGGUGAAGAAGAAUGGUUAAAGAAGACUAAAAAGUGUUUGUCUCAGAUGAAUACUUUCACUCAAGAAACCAGAAAUCAAUUCGAAGCCGUCCUGGAUUGGUUGAAUCAAUGGGCUUGCGCCCGUAGUUUUGGUCUUGGCACUAAAUUGCCUUGGGAUGAGCAAUUCUUGGUUGAAUCUCUCUCGGAUUCUACUAUCUAUAUGGCUUACUACACUGUUGCCAAUCUUUUACAUGGAGGUUCAUUGAACGGUGCUACACCUGGCCCCGCUGGUAUUAAGCCUGAACAGCUCAAGGACAGUGUUUGGGACUAUAUUUUCAAACUUGGUGAUUACCCCGCCGAUUGUGGAAUUCCCCAAUCCACCCUUGAUCGCUUAAGACGUGAAUACGAAUACUUCUAUCCUUUAGACUUACGUGCCUCUGGUAAAGAUUUGAUUCCCAACCACUUGACCUUCUUCAUGUAUAACCAUACUGCUAUGUUCCCUGAAGAAAUGUGGCCUCGUGGUGUCCGUUCCAACGGUCACUUGAUGCUCGACUCUAAGAAGAUGUCCAAAUCUACUGGUAAUUUCAUGACUAUGAGCGAUGCUGUUGCCAAAUACGGUGCUGAUGCUACCCGUUUUGCCCUCGCUGAUGCUGGUGAUUCUGUUGAAGAUGCUAACUUCGAAGACACCACUGCUAAUGCUGCUAUUUUGCGUCUUCAUACUCUCUUGGAAUGGAUUGAAGAGCAGCUUGCUCAGUCCGGUAAUCUUCGUACUGGCGAGUUCAAUUAUUUCGAUAAGAUUUUUGAUAACGAAAUGAACAAGCUUCUUAGUCUCACUGAAGCAGCUUAUGAAGCUACUUUUUAUCGUGAGGUCUUGAAACACGGCUGUUUCGAAUUCCAAGCUGCUAAGGAUGCCUACCAAUUAGCUUGUGUUGAUACUGGUAUGCACAAGGAUCUUGUUAUGCGUUAUAUUGAACUUCAAGCUUUGUUGAUCUGUCCUAUCACUCCUCAUUGGUCGGAAUAUGUAUAUGGCCAACUCCUUAAGAAGGAUGGUUUGGCUAUUAACGCUUCUUUCCCUAAGGUGUCUGCUCCUGUUGAUGAUGCUCUUUAUGCUGCUACUCGUUACAUCCGUAAGACUAUCAAAUCAAUUCGUGAUACUGAACUGGCUAUGUUGAAGAAGAAGAAAAAGCCAAAGGCCAAUGAGAUUAUUUACGAUCCCAAGCAACCCAAGGCACUUAAGAUUUACGUUGCUACUAAAUUCCCUGAGUGGCAAGAAACUUGCUUAGAAAUUAUGAAGACCAACUACAACAACGGUGUUUUCGAUGAUGUCAAGAUUCGUCAAGAGCUCGGUUCUAAGGGAAUGCUUAAGGAUAAGAAGGUUAUGCCUUUUGUUCAGGAACAAAAGAAAUUGAUUACUAAGGAAGGUCCAGAAGCUUUUAACCGUGCUUUAACAUUUAACGAAAUUGAUGCUCUUAAUAAUGCCAUUGACGAAAUCAAGCGUGCACUUGGGUUCCAAACGGUUACUAUUUUAGGUCAUGAUCAAUGGACCGAUGAGGAUAAAAAAGCAGCUGAAAAUGCUGUUCCCGGAGUGCCCUCUUAUAAUUUCAAAAAUUUAUAA